CCCGGUGCUGAUAAGAUGGCGGCCGACAUACGAAAGAAGGUUUCAAAGCCGUCCGCCCCCAAGGGCAAAUUCGGCUCCUCAGUAGCCAUGAUGAGGUGGAGAAUGCUUGCAAAAGCGCUUCACGAGGGACGGAUAAGUCAUGCUGACCUAUUUUGUGCCUCGAUGAGACGCUUUGGAGCGUUUCGCCUCCUCGACAUCACCCAUAUCAAGAGUCGGAAGACGGACGAAGACGACGACGACGACGGCAUGUGGUUUGAGUGCGUCUAUCCCAAAAAGGAGCCCGAGUUUCGCCUUAAGAUCAGGGCACUGCCUGACAGAAUCUCCCUAACCGACAUCAAGGGCUUCGAUAACACAGGCAACGUCUGUAUCUGGCCGUCUGAAGAGGUCCUCGCCUACUAUUGUAUGAAGAACAAGGAGGUCUUUGUGGAGAAAAAUGUGUGUGAACUUGGUGGCGGUAUGACAUGCCUAGCAGGUUUCGUUGUUGCCGUUACAACAAAAGCCAAAGAAGUGUACCUGACCGAUGGCAACAGCAAAUCCGUGCAAAAUGUUCAAGUCAUUCUCGAUCGUAACAUUGGUUCCUGGGGAAAGUGCAAUGUGGUGGCAAGACGAAUACGCUGGGACGAAAACGAAGAUAUCCACAAUCUUACGGGGCGGUUCGACGUCAUCAUUGCAGCAGACUGUCUCUUCUUCGACGAUGGUCGGGUGCCCCUUGUGAAUACCAUUUGGAAACUGCUGCGUGACAGGGGCCUUGCACUAAUCCUGGCACCGAAGCGAGGCACCACAUUCCAGCAGUUUGUAGACCUGGCUCUGGAGAAGUUUGAGGUGGAGAUCAUCGUCUCAUAUGACACCUACGUAUGGGACCUUCACGACAAGUUUCAGCGCGAGAACCGCGACACCUACAUUGAGGACGUCCACUAUCCGUUGCUGAUGCUACUUCGCAAGAUCCCCGAAAGCUAAGGAUGAAACACCACAUAUAAAAGCUUGCCUCAUUGUUGCCAAAAA